GAAAGGGCCAGGCCGGCGCGGUUUGGGCCUCUCAAACAAACCCUAAGUGAGUGAGCUGUUUCACAAUUCCGUUCCAAGGCAGAGGCCGCGGGCCGAAUCGCCUACUCCAGUACUCCUCCUCGAGCCGCGGCGGCCACGGCGAGAAAGCCGGCAUGAGCGUGUUCGGCGGCGACAGCUGGGCGCGCGACGCGCAGCAGCGGAAGCGCCGCCUCGACGACCUCAUGCACCCCGCCUCGUCGUCCUCCAAACCUGAUUCCUUCAAGAGGCUCUCCGACGGAAAGCUCGUCUGCCUCGUCUGCCCCCACCGCCCCGUCCUCGACUCCCUCGUCAUGCUCUCUAUGCAUAAUAAAGGUGCACGACACAUUUCAGCUGAAUCUAGGCAAAGGGAGAAAGAAUUAUCAAAACAGCACGAAAUUAACAAGAGACUGUCUCUUUCUUCAGAUGCUUCCCUUUCAAAUUCUGGUAAUCCACGUGCUGGUGUUAUGCCCAGUAAUAUGAAAGAAAAACCAUUAAUUGAGCAGACUCGAAGGGCUAUUUUGGAAGCGCAGUCAAGCAGAUUGAACGAUUUCAGUGCUAACAGGGUGUCUUGUGAUCAGAAGAAGAUCGCAAAUGCUUCACCCCAUGAUUCACAUGUUUCUCCUGGUGUUCCAAUGGAAAAAUUGACUGGAAAUACUUUAUCGAUUGAAUGUAACAGUAGAAAAGGAGAACCUACUAUUGGAAAUCAAACUCAAGGCAAGGUACUUUCACAGUGGCAAGCAGAUCUCCAGAAACGUCAGGAGCAAGAACUUAGGUUCACUGCUUCAGGCUGGAAACGGGACUGCCACGGCAAAUGGUACAGAGAUGAAAAUGUUGAAUUUGACUCAGACGAAGAUGAUCCUAACAUCUGUCUCGGCUAAUCAUUUUUGAAGGCAGUCUGAAUGGAAUAAUCAAAGGGUUCAACUGGAACUUUGAAUUGUUGUCUCAUUGCCAGAUGAAAUGCAAUCACACCUUUAUGAAAUUGUGCAAAUCUGUGGUGUCAUCUGUCAGAUUUUCCUGUAAAUGUCACUGACAUAUAGUAUUGAAAAAAACAUUGCAAUAGAUAA